UUGUCAUCUGGUUGAUCAGUAGCAACACAAACAAGACUAGUUAGUACAACAACUUUACUACUACUACUAGAGCUGAGGACAAACUACUGUUGAUAUUUAGUUACCUGAUAACUUCUAGCAGCUUGAAACUUUUUAGUAUCCAGUUUAAAUUUUACUCAACCAACAUGAACAAUUUUGGAAUCAAUUUGUGCUUAGCAGCCCUGAUCAUCUUAUUGGAAUUGCAGGUGAUUUUUGCCUGUCAAUGUGGAAUGCCAAAACAUCCACAAAGAAGUUUCUGUGAAUCAGAUUAUGUAAUAAAAGUUAAGGUGAUAGAGAAGACAACAUUCAAGGACCCCGACUACGUAGAGCCCACCGAUGCACUCUACCCGAGCUUUGACAACUUCUGGGGUGGUAUGGAGAUGGAUCAGUACAUCCCGGAAGCCCACAAGAUCAAGUACUCAGUCUACGUUGAGAAAGUUUACAAAGGCGAACAAUAUGCCUCCAGAAAAACAAAGAUCGAGUUGGAAACAUCAGCUAGUUCCGGAAUUUGCGGUAUAACAUAUUUAAAAGAAGGAGAAAGAUAUCUUAUCGGAGGUGUUCUUGAUGAUGAUACAAAGGAAUUUACUAUUGCCCUCUGUGACACAUGGAUUGAGAAAUUUGAAGAUGUGACCAAAACCCAACGCCAAGGCAUUAAGCGAUUCUACAAAAAAUACUGCAACCAAUGUGCUAUUGAAGCUGGUGAUAUUUUCUUCCCACCUGAGGUUCCAGCCAAGAUGAGGCGCAUCUGCGGAUACUCGCCAUUCAACACAGCAGAAAACGACUGCGAGAAAAACUUUUCCGCCUGUGUACGCUUACCAGACGGCAGCUGUGGUUGGAUGAACAGCAAAAGCUACAAGCAAUGUGUGAAAGCACGAAAAGAUAAAACGCCGAAGAAGCAGAAGCAAAGACGAAACAAGAAGAAACAGUAAAGCGUGCAAAAACCGGUGAUGUAGAAUUGUAGAAUAUCUAUUGUGCGACUCUCAGGGUAUUAACAUGGCUUGUACAACAGCUUAGUCCGCUCUUUCUGAAGAGGAACCAUGUUGUACCCUUACUAAGCAGCUGGUUGAUUGACAAUCAAAAUCAAAACAGGAAUGCAUUUGGAAAUUCAAGAGCAAUUCUUUAUUGUGGACAAAUUCUUUUCUUUACAUUAAAGAAAGAAAAUAUACAGAAAAAAUUAUGGACCAAAAACUUGAUAAGAAUUAUUAAAACUUGAUCCAUAAUUAAUUCUAAUAACAAACAAAAAAAAAAUGACUUUCUGUAUAAUGAAAAGAAUUGUUAUGAAAGUGCCUUAACCCUUUAGCCACAACUUUGGAAGGGUGAAUUAAAAAAAAUAUGUGCAAUAUGUAUUGAAAUGAUUUUAUGGACAUUUUUUAUUUCCUGCAAUGUCUGUGGAGCUGUAACAAUUUUAGAUUUUUUUUAGUUUGGAAUGCUAGCACUAGGUUUCAACUGAAGGGGUUAGGAAUGCAGGCUUAGCGUGAGAGCAAUUGUGGAGAAUGUUGUGUGCUGUUAUGUUUACCCACAUGGCAGUGAGCUGAUAUUUAACAAUGUGCACCAUCGCUGGACUUCGCUCCAAGGCUGCAACUAAAUUUAGAACUUGACAAAAAAUUCUCAAAAUUUCAAGCAUAUUUUUUAAAAAACAAUUUCUCUCAACUAUUUCUUCAUGAUAAGAUUUGUUUAUUUUUUAUAGAACUACCGAUUUAGUAAGACUCAUCAUCAAGUGCCUUUAAAACUAGAUAAGACAUUGAUUGAUUGUGUGAUAAUUUAAUAUAAUUCAUAUAUUUUUUUAUUCAUGUCAUCUAUUGGUAGAGUAUAGCAGAUUAUUUUUAAUUUCUUUUGUUACAUUUAUCCUCAUUGGACUCUGCAUAAGUGAUAAAAAAGUAUUCCGUGUAUAUUACUUGUAAAUAUAAAUGGACGUAUAUAAAAGAUAUAUUAUGGACUAUAACUGCUAUUAUUGAUAGGUUGUUGCCUAAAGAUAUAAAGCAUAUAUGUGAUAUUUUAAAGUAGAUUAACUUAUAUAUUUAAAUUGUGUGCCAAUUCUUUUUUCUGCGCCCUCUAACUUAGGGAGACUUAAUUUCGUCGGCGCAAUUCCCACCGAGCAAAGAAUUUGCAUAGCAAGUUAAUAAUUUUGACAUGUUAAACUUCAGAAGUUUGUACUUGAAAGAUGGGUUUAUUACAUAUUUAAAAUAUUUAAUGACUAUCCUUUUGGGAUUCAUGUAUACUUUAACCAUUAAUAAUUAAGAUCCAUGUCAUCAGUGAUUUCAGCAUUUGAUUAAAUCCCUUAUUGAUUCCUAUAGAUUACUUCUGAACAACGUGGGUACAUAUUUAUUUAAAGAACAUACUUGAACAAAGAUGUAUAUCAUAAUUAAGACAUUUGAUGUAAUGAAAAAGAUAUUUUGUUAUAAAACAAAAAUUGAUAUGUGACUGAGAUGAAUAAAUUAUAAAAAGAUUAUA